AUGCGGACAAUCCGACCCAAGGACGAGAAGGAUGACUCUACAUCUGCUCCAAACUCAGUACCCAACCUGUCCAGGUCUACAAAAAGGAGGUGCAUCUCCAGCGCAUGCAUACCAUGUCGGAAGCGCAAGUCCAAGUGCGAUGGCGGCAUGCCGAACUGCUCGACUUGUACCGCAGUAUACCAAACACCUUGCUUCUAUGAUGUCGAUAGCGACCACCGACGGAAAGCGGCAUUGAAGCGAGACAUCGAGGCAUUGAAGGGACAGAAUGACGCUCUCGGUAUCAUCGUUGCUUCGAUACGGUCAUCCACCGAUGCGGAAGUCGCCGAGAUCGUGCAACAGAUACGAGCAGAUGAGGACCUUGACAACAUUGCGGAAUCUCUCAAAAAGAACGUCAUGCUGCCCGAACGCCCUGGUGCAAAAUCUGCGGAAACAGAGUUGUCAAACUUUAUAGGUCGUCCCUCCAUAGAUGCAUCGGGAGUGGUCAAGCAUUAUGGACAUACAUCAAGUCUGAGCCUGGUUUCUGACGGUGAACACUCUCCUAUGCAUCUCCAAGUCUCAGAAGUGUGGACCAGAGUCACUCGAGACGCCGGGUUCGUUGAGCACUUGCUGAAAAUAUACUUUUGUUGGGCACAUCCUUACUAUGUCUUGUUCUCAAAGGAGCUAUUUUUGGAUGAUAUGGCCAAAGGUCGAAGCCAGUACUGCAGCCCACUCAUGGUCAACGCACUACUGGCACUCGCAUGUGCAUACUCGGAUCGGCCAGAGGCUCGCGAAAACCCUUCGGAUCCUAGGACCGCAGGAGACCACUUUUUCGCUGAAGCAAAGCGGCUGCUAAAUGAAAAUGAAGCUUCCAACUUGACCACUGUUCAAGGCUUGGCUCUGAUGGGGCUUCGUGAAGCAAGCUGCAGCCGUGACAGCAGCGGGUUUCAGUAUGCGGGGAGAUGUGUAAGGAUGUUGAUCGAGCUCGGCCUACAUCUAUCAUUUGCUUCAGCCAGUGACAAGAUCAGCCCCACUGAAUUGGAAGUUCGUAGGAUCACAUUUUGGGGCUGCUUCAUCAACGACACCACCUGGUCUAUCUGCAUUGGAAGGAUCGCCCAAUUGCCACGGACCGCCAUCAGCUUAGACCUACCGAAUGUCAUAGAGCAACACGAGCAAAAGCCUUGGAGGCCGUAUACAGACUACGGGAUGAUAAACAUACCUGGCGCUGAGCAACCUACCCUGCCGACCACACUCAUGCGUGCCAUGAGUUCUCUCUCGGAGAUUGUGAAUGACACUGUCUUCAUGUUCUACGCGCCACGUGAGCGAUUUACGAGCAAGAAGCUUCUUGACUUUUAUGCCAGGUACACGCGAUGGUUCAACAAUCUGCCAGACAAACUCGGGUUGCGGGAAGUUUCUACACCUCACAUUCUCUUGCUGCACGCAUACUAUCAUACCGUUGUGUUGCAUCUCUUCCGUCCAUUUCUCAAAGUUGAUCUCACGAAUUCUAAAGUGUCGCCUCGAGACAUUUGCACAUCUUGUGCCAACAACGCGACCUCGCUUGUUGGAACAUAUCGUCAGAUAUAUGGACUUCGCCGUGUUCCAAUCAUCGCAACUCAUAUCCUCUUAUCAACAUCAAUCAUCCAUCUGUUAAAUCUUCCUAAUCUUUCAUCGGCCCAGAAUCUUGCUCUGAAUAUCACCUGCCUUCGCGGGAUCUCCGCCAACCACGCUUUUGCCAUCCGAAGCGCCGAUAUCAUUAUGGCUCUUUCCCGACAGUGGAACAUUCACUUGCCUUCCGAAGUCACCCAAAUAGCGUAUGAUCUUCCACCAGAGGUACCGGCGAGCUUGCAAGAUCCCCAAGCUUCUGGAAACGGCUUUACAUAUCUGUCGUCUGUGCCAGACGAUCCUCAGCAACAGGACAAUGUCCACACGAAGGAUGUAACUAUUGGGCUGCCUUUUUCAGCAGUCAAAAACAGCCCAAGACCAUUUGCCACACCAGCAGACAUGUUCUGGUCACCAUUCCCAGAUCACAGUGUGCCACUUCAAGCUCAUGAACAGAAUGGCCCUAUGGACAUCUCCGCCAUGCUGGAUGUCCCUAACAAUGGUUGGGACCAAUUGAGUCGAGACGGAUUCAGGGUGGCCCAACUUGAAGAUCCAAUUCUCAGUCCUCCUGCGUACAGCCACAUCAACAGCCAUUGGACGCAAACAUGA